AUUCAAUACUUUCACUUGACACCGGUUAGAAGUAGAGGAAAAAAAAACAACAAAAUAAACAAAAUAUUUUACAAAUAAAAUGCAUUGACAGCCGAAUAUUAGAUAAAUGAUUAUACAGAAACUAUUUUGGUUGAUUUGCAAGAAGGCAAAGACCAAAGAUAAAGUUCGAUUACAACAGACAUGGAAGCCAUAAGAAUAGAAGAUCCGAUAGAUAUAGUUAUUGGUAAUGAUGUUGCCAUGGAGAUGGUUGUUGAUAAUGAAGCUCUGGUUGCUACAGAAGCAUUAAAUAUUACUAAUGAUUGUGAGGACUUCGAUGAACAGCAAGAAAGAUUCGCUGUCAGAUCUAUUUCAAGUGCAGAAGAAAUAGUAAAAGAUCUUGAGCAAAUUUCGUCAUGCCAGCAAUCCUAUGAUGCAAUAAUGAAUAGAAGGGUGAAAGAAUGUCUAAAGAAAAGGAAGCAGAGAGAAAACAAGGAAUAUAGAAAAAGGGAAACCGAGGUAGCAAAACAGAGAAUGGCAAAUAAAAGAUCUAACCCAAAGUACAGAGAACUGGAAAGACAGAGGGACAGAGAAAGAAGGGCAUUGGCAAGAAAGAACAGUAGAUUCAGAGAAAAAGAAAAAGCUCGGGAUAGACUUUAUAGACAGAAACACAGACAAGGAUAUAGGACUAGUGAAAGUACUGAGCAUAUUGGCGAUUUCUGUAGUAAAGCUGUAGCAGUGGUUGUAGAAAGACAGGAAAUUAUUGUUUGAGGGUGUAUGUGAAAUUGUGUCUUUUGUGAAGAAAUUAUCAGGCAUUUAUGAUGACUUUGUGUUGGUACUGUAAGAUAAGAUCUUUUCGUGAGAGAUUAGUUUUUGCUAAUUUUGGUUUUCUGAUUUAUUUUGCUUAUGUUAUUUAAAGUGCAAUCUUUGGAUUUAUAUUCACUUUUAUGGAAAAAGUUUUAGACUUUUUUGACAGAUUUGUAAGAUUUUUUUUGAACAAUUUUAAAGUGUCUGCAAUUACAGUAAAAAGUGAAACAAAUAAACUUCCAGUUUUUAGCUCACCUAAGCACAAAGUGCUCAUGGUGAGCUGUUGUGAUCACGUGUCCGUCGUGUGUUCGUCCGUCCAUCUGUCGUCAACAAUUGUGUUUAAACAACAUCUCCUCCAAAACCACUGAAUGGAUUUUGAUGAAACUUGGCCAUGAUGUUCCUUGGGUGGUCCUCAACCAAAUUUGUUCAAACGGUUACACUUGGUUGUUGGGGCUGCCAGAGCUAAAAAUAGAAAAAAACUUCAAACAACAUCUCUGAUGGUCUGAUUUUGAAAUAAUUUCACACAAAUAGUUCUUAUGUCACCCUCUACAAAAAAUGUUCAAAUUAUACUGACUCAUGAAAAAUCAUGGCCGCCAGGGGGCGUGGUCACUUUUCCCUAUAUGUACAUAGUGGAAAUUUAAAACAUCUUCUUGUGGGAAACUGCUGGCCCGAUUAUAAAAUAAUUUUACACAAAUGGCUCUUAUGUGACCCUCUUCCAAGAUUGUUCAAAUUAUUCUGAUCCAUCAAAGAAAAUGGCCACCAAGGGGCAUGGUCACUUUUUCCUAUAUGUACAUAGUGGAAAUUUAAAACAUCUUCUUGUGUGAAACUGCUGGCCUGAUUUAAAAAAAAAUACACAAAUGGUACCAAGAUUGUUCAAAUUAUUUUGAUUCAUCAAAAAACAUGGCAGCCAGAGGGUGUGGUCACUUUUCCCUAUAUAUAUAUAUAUAUAUAUAUUUAUAUGUAAUUGAAAAUUAAAAACUCUUCUUGUGUGAAACUUGUGGCCCGAUUUUUAAAUAAUUUUACACAAAUGGUCCUUGUGUGACUCUCUACUAAGAUUGUUCAAAUUAUUCCAAUUUGUCAAAAAAACAUGGCCGCCAGGGGGCGUGGUCACUUUCUCCUAUAUGUAUGUAGUGGAAAUUAAAAAAAUCUCGUGUGAAACUGCUGGCCAAAUUUUAACAUAAUUUUACACAAAUGGUCCUUGUGUGAUCCUCUACCAAGAUUGUUCGAAUUAUUUUGAUUUUUCAAAAAACAUGGCCGUCAGAGGGCCUGGUUACUUUUCCCUAUAUGUAUAUAGUGGAAACAUUACAAAUCUUCUUGUGUGAAACUGCUAGCCCGAUUUUAAGAUAAUUUUACACAAAUGGUCCUUGUGUGACGCUUUACCAAGAUUGUUCAAAUUAAUCCGAUUCGUCUAAAAUCAUGGCUGCCAGGGAGCCUGGUCACUUUUCCCUAUAUGUAUAUAGUAGAAACUUAGAAAAUCUUCUUGUAUUAAACUGUUAGCACAAUUUUAAAAUCAUUUCAAACAAAAUUGAUUCGUUAAAAAACAUGGCCGCAAGAGGGUUGGUCACUUUCCUUCAACAAUUUCAUUAAACAACAUCUCCAAAAUCUCUGAAUGGACUUUUAUGAAACUUUACAGAAAUGAUCUCUGGGAAACCCUCUUUCAAAGUUAUACAAAUGCUUCCGGUUCAUUGAACAUAUGGGUCUUUUUGGUAAGAAAUACGUUUUCAGCUUUCAGAAUUUAAAAAUCUUUUUCUCUAGAGCAUUGAUACUUGGCAUGCGAUAUAAGGGUGUGACUCUCUACCAUAAUUGUCUAAAUCAUUGCCCGAAGAUAAAAAAUGGCCAUGCCCCUGUGUGUGACAUGUACUUAUAUAUAAAGAACUUUAAAAAUCUUCUUCUCUGAAUCAAUAGUAACUAGAGCCUUAAUAUUUGGCAUGUGAUAUCAGAGUUGUACAGUCUACCAUAAUUGUUCAAAAUAUUGCCCUAAGUUUAAAAAUGUUUGUGACAUGUAUAUAAUAUAGGCUAACAUAGAAGAAAUCUUUAACUUUGUACUUGUACCAUUAUGUUACACAAGCACACUUGAAGCCUUGUACACAGGUGAGCGCUUUAGGGUCAAUGACCCUCUUGUUAUAUAAGCUGUUACUUGGCUGCUGGCAGUCAAGAUUACUUAUGUUUUCCAACAGUCAGCAUAUUGAUAUGAAAACUGAGUAAUAAAAGAUGAAAAUACAAA